AUGUCUCGCCACCGAAUUGUUCAUACGUUUGAUGCGAACGAUAUCGUAUCUGAAUUUGACGGCGAAGACUACGAAGAGGAGGGAGAAGAUGAGCUCAGCCCCGAGGAUCGCCAAGCGAUGGACGAGGGAACUGCAGAGGUCCGCAGAGCUUUAGGGACCGAAGCGAAUACAGUCACAAAGUCACAAAUCGAGGAAGCCUUGUGGCAUUACUACUAUGAUGUCGACAAGUCAGUCACAUAUCUGAUGAAGACAUUUAUUGCCCCGGCACCCAAACCAGUGAAGAAAACGCCAGAAGGUAUGUCAGUCUCUUUUUCUGCUUCGCGACGCCUUUUGGGUACUGGAGCAGACCACGGACGUCUAUCAGGCGGAUACAGCUCCGAUAUGAAACUUCCACCGGUCAACAAAGUUCCUGCCGGUUUCUUUAAUGAUAUGCCAUGGUUAAAUAUACCUCAAGAGCGUCAGACUCUCUUCGUCGAGCCUGAACGUCCCCGUGGAGGCUUGCUAGGAGGAAGCGAUGGAGCUCCUAAGAUGUCAAAGCUUCAAGCUCUUGCGGCUGCUAGGAAGAAAAAGACCGAAGAGAAGAAGGAGCAAGAAAAGCUCGAGAGAGGCGUCAACAAUCUUUUUGUUGCCGAGUUACAAAAGGAGAAUCAGCCGCCUCCCAACCAGAGACAGCAAAUUGCCAAACCCGCACCGCAAGUCCAACCUGCACGCCAUGAAAUGGAAGUCCAGAAUAAAAAUACAGCCAAAGACAAUGAACAAAGAAACCCAGCUUAUGCAUACAAGGAUGAACCCAUACCAGAUUCUGUUCCUGAAGUUGGAAUUAUAUCUCGGCCCAACCCAUCCGCCUUAGCUCGGACGCUCUUUGGAUCUGCUCCGUCCAACACCCACAGGCCUGAUGUUUUUGCUAUGCCUUACACAUCCUCUCCAUCUUUUCUUGCCCAAGCUUUCGCCGAGCCAAGUCCAGACGACAUUGUGUUUGCAGCCCAGGCGAAAGCGGGCAAACAGUCAGCAGCCAAGGCUACCAAAAAGCCCCAAAAGGAGAAGAGUAAAGAUGUCUCCGAGGCUGAAAAAGAUGUUGCUGGGCUCAAGAUCGUUGAUGCGCCACCACCUAAGAGCAAGGGCCUCGACGUUCUUAAGGAGUAUGAGAAUAGCUCCAACAAGCGGAGUAUCAGUUUUGUUGUAGUCGGACAUGUCGAUGCUGGCAAGAGUACCCUCAUGGGUCGGCUGUUGUUGGAACUCAAAUUUGUUGAGAAGCACACGAUUGAUCGGUAUCGAAAGCAGGCCGAAAAGUCUGGCAAGCAGUCUUUUGCCCUUGCAUGGGUAAUGGACCAGAGGAGUGAGGAACGAGAAAGAGGUGUAACCAUCGACAUUGCGACAAAUCAUUUUGAGACGGAGAAGACUAGUUUUACUAUCCUUGAUGCACCUGGCCACCGAGAUUUUGUACCAAACAUGAUCGCAGGUGCCAGUCAAGCCGACUUUGCCAUUCUGGUCAUUGAUGCAAACACUGGAGCCUACGAGAAGGGUCUGAAGGGGCAGACAAGAGAGCAUGUGUUGCUCCUGCGGAGUUUGGGUGUUCAGAGACUCGUCAUUGCUGUGAACAAGCUUGAUAUGGUCGGCUGGUCACAGGAGCGCUAUGAUGAGAUUGCUCAACAGGUCAGCGGCUUCCUCGCGGGUCUUGGGUUCGUGUCUAAGAACAUUGACUUUGUUCCGAUAUCCGGUCUAAACGGCGACAAUCUUGUGCGUCGCACAGAAGCCGCUGCAGCAUCUUGGUACACCGGACCUACUCUGAUUGAGGCUUUGGAAAACUCAGAGCCGGCAACAGCACGAGCCCUCAAGAGCCCGUUCAGAAUGGCCAUCUCUGAAGUUUUCAGAUCGCAACUUGGCACCACAACGAUUGCUGGCCGAGUCGACGCAGGUUCAUUUCAAAUCGGCGAUGCUCUGUUAGUUCAGCCAAGUGGAGAAGAAGCAUAUGUCAAGUCAAUAAUGGUUGACUCGGACAUGCAAGACUGGGCUGUUGCUGGACAAAAUGUCAGUGUUUCCCUUACCAACAUCGACCCCAUUCAUAUUCGAGUUGGCGAUAUGCUCUGCCAUACGAAGAACCCUAUCAACUGCAGCGAUAGCUUCGUCAUGAAGGCCAUGGCAUUUGAGCAUCUCAUGCCUAUGCCCGUGGACCUCCACCGUGGACGACUGCAUUCGGCUGGACAGAUUGUAUCGAUUGCGGCAUCACUUGACAAGGUCACCGGAGCGGUUGUCAAGAAGAAGCCUAGAGUUGUUCAGCCAGGUGGUGUGGCUCGGGUAUCUGUCAAGUUAGCAGCCAAGGUUCCUCUCGAAGCUGGUCAAAGAGUUGUCAUACGAAGUGGAGGUGAAACUGUCGCUGCUGGAUUAUUGGAAUAG